GAAGAUGUACACAUAUUCGCCAAUUCCAUAUACGGCAUAAAUGAAGCAACGUGUGAUUGGGAGACGUUGUUACUCGAAUUCGAGAAGAAAAAUGAAUUCAAAAAUUCUGAAAGCGAUGGAGCGAAAGACGAAUGCCUGCCGUCCGUUUCGCGAUCUCAUGAUCGUAGUGUGGAGAUGUUUUCGAAUACAAUGCCAGCACCAGAGGACAAGGAGAUACGUACCGCUACUACUGGAUCUAGCUCGGAUGCGCCUAUAGAACGCGGUUUUGAAAAGGAAGAGAACCCAUCAGACCAUGAAGCUACAAUUUAUUCCAAGAAACCCAUGCCGCCGGAAGAUCCUCAAUGUGCCACAAAUUUUAGUAGAAACGGAUCAGAAAGUUUGCUUGGCGUUCCAACUGAUCAUUAUGUGACUACUGUGAAGGAAAUCGAAGACGAAGACCUUUUGGUAGUCAGAAGUUGCAUACGUGACCUUCUCGAACGCUUAGAGAGGAUUGAAAGUAGUGAUAGGUCCACUGCUGCAACAACAUUCGAGGAGAAAGAGCACCAAAUAAGCAUCUCGGCUGUCCCAGAAAGCUCUUCGAAAUCAGGGCAUGAACAAAGCGAACAUGAACGUGAAAAGGCGACUGUUGAUCCAAAGAAAGUUCCUCUUUCUCGACAGGAAGACGGCGAAGCAUCGAAUAAGCAAGUGCAGGAUGAAGAUGAAGAAUGGGACAGUAUAGGGAUCACCGAAGCGAAAGUCGACAGAAAUCAGAUAUUACAGGAUCUACGCACAUUCACAUGGGUUCUAGACACACUUGAAAAGUGGCCGGACUGUCCAUCAGCUACGAAGGAGAAAGUUUUAUUGAUGGCUUUGAACUGCCACUGCGAUUUGAUCAAAGAGCGAGCGUUGAAGAUAAAAGAAGAUGUCGGCCUCAAUUAG